AUGACAGCCGACAAGAGCACCAUUUACCGGUCGUGCUAUCCUUCCAGAAAGGCCAUCUCUAUGUACACAUCCCUCAACACCCCCUUCCUUAUCCCCGUCCCCAACAAAGAUCCUGCACCUCCAGCCAUCUGGGGACUCAUCUCACUCGGCGACGGAAAAUUACAGCUCUACAACCUCACCGGAGGGACCACCUUCAACACUCCCAAGAUCUUCCAAACAAAUCGCCCAUACACCUUGUUUCCAACCACCGUCGAAGACCCGCAACACCCACCCGUCACAAAAUCAACAACCUUCGGGAUGCUCCUGGGCGUCGCAGCGUUUGGAUUACUGAUGUCCGUCUAUGGGAUGUUUGUCUACCGCCGCAGCCGGCGUACCGAAUCUUUGAUGGCCGUAAAGGGCGGAGUUAACAGACAGGCGUAUGGAGAGGAUGGGUGUGAUAGUUUGCCGAGGUACACUCCUCGCGAGCACCCCGCUGAUCUUUCCGGGUUUUUUGUGGGAAUGUUCCAUGGGCGGGCGACAAGGCAUCCGAGUUACAAGACUACGCUUUCGGUGAACUUGUCAAGGCCGGCGACUAGGGCGACUAUGUUGACGUUUCCUUCGACUUUUGCCGACUGA